AUGGCUCCGCCUUCUACUCGGCGGGCAACCGUGAACUCCACGCCAGUGCUUACCACUUCGCUUGAUUGUGGUCCAGCAGCUCCAGCUUCCCCUCCUUCAUACAACAGCGUUCCCCCACCAGCAGCAGAUGAUAUGCAGGCUCAGAUCCAAAUCUUCAAGCAGAGUGCUCGGGAGAUUGCCUCUCGGUUGCUGUUCCACGCUGAAGUCGGUGCUAGUGUUGGCGGCGGAGGAUUUGAUGCCAAGCAAGCCAGGGUCUACAGUGGUAGCGGAUAUGAUCCAUCCGGUGGAGAUAGGAUGCCUGCCUUAGAUUCAGCACCAUCGGCGAUUCCUAUUUCAUAUAAUAAUGACGGCCAGGGCAGUACCAUGAAGAUUGAGAUCCCCGACGACCAAGCCGGUUUUAUUAUUGGGGAGGGUGGGGAGACUAUCAAGUCCCUUCGGGACGAGUUUGCGGCUAAAGUGCAGAUCACUCGUGAUGUGGAUGCAGAUUCCCAUGCUCCUGAGAAGAAAACAAAACAGUAG